AGCGGCUGUAGUGUAAUAAACCUUGGCAGUGAUGUCAGAGCUCCCAUAGCUGUAUAUGUGUUACACACAGGAAUGACGGAGCUCCUGCUCAGCACAUUUAUAUGCCACCUGGCAGCUGCCCCUGUGCCCCCUGCCCUGUGAGCACCCCUCCUUCCUGUGCCGGUGGUUGCUUCCUCCGGUGGAUGUCCCCAGGCUGCAGGACACAGGUCCUCCAUAUUAAAUUGCCUUCCUGUCGCCUUGGCUACACCGACGCCAGAGCCAUGUGGAUCGUGCUGCUGGUCCUCAGCCUGGCUGCGGCCUUGUUUUCCCUGCUGGACGUCUGGUAUUUUGUCCGGGCUUUCCUGGCGGUCCUGAGGUCCCGGCUGCAGCCUGUUGUGAAAGAUCUCCUGAAGGAACACACCUUCUCCGGCCUGGUCCUGCCCCAUGACCUGGACUUCCUGCUGCACAUGAACAACUCCCGUUACCUCCGCGAGGCCGAUUUCGCCCGACUGUCGUUCUUCACCCGCAGCGGGCUCUUUGGGUCCAUACACUCCCUGGGAGCUGGGAUGGUGAUGGCGGCCUGCACGGUGCGUUACCGCCGCUCGCUCCGUCUCAUGGAGGCCUUUGAGAUACGCACGCGCCUGCUCUGCUGGGAUGAUAAGGCCUUCUACGUCGAGCAGCGCUUCGUGGCUCCGAGGGACGGCUUCGUCUGCGCAGUGCUGCUGAGCCGCCAGCACAUUAUCGGGAACUCCCCCGAUAAAGUAGUACAGAUCAUGUGUAAGAGAAAGGUGGAGUCUCCGGAGUUCCCAGACGAGGUAAUGCACUGGAUCGAUUACAACGACAACAACAGCCAGAAGCUGAGAGCGGAGAGCGGGAUAUCCGGCAACAACAAAGACCAGUGACGGAGGCGCUCCUGGUACCGUCCCCCCGUUACACUACACCCUGCUGAACCUGCAUACACCAAUGCAGCUAGUUUAGGAUUACCCAGUUCUAGAAGUGUUAGUUCUUUGCUCCAGAACUGUGCGACAAGUUCUGUAUCAUUCCUUUCAGUGAGCCUCAGGUAGAAUGGUGUCUGCUUUAUACCGGGUACCGUGUAAUAUUGUACGCGGGCUGGAAGAACCCCUCCUCCCGCUACGCUAUGAAGAAAUGUAUUUUGUAUUGUGUAUUUUAUUUAUUUAGGAACAAAGCAUGUGAAACAUCCAGCACACUGCAAUGCACAGCAUGGUAAACCUGCGACAUGUUACAUACGUGUGCAUUACUGCAUUUACAGUCACAACAUGUCUGGGGACCCUACUGGUGUAUUAUAAAGCUCCUAUAGGUGUAAAGUGCAAUGGGGGUCACCCCCGGCAAAUGUCAGCGCAAACACACCAUACUGUAUAUUACGUCACAGGUGGGCACAACCGCGCAUGCCUACGUGUAUGAUGGACCUGAAGAGAGAACUACACAACCUGUGGCAGUUACUCAAUCAUUGAUGACCCUAUAUAAUUGUAUAAUCAUUUUUAAAGGACGGAAUUGUUUAGGAAUAUUGGGGGUCAUUCCGAGUUGAUUGCUAGCUGAAAAUGUUCGCUGCGUUGCUUCGAUGACAAAAAACAGCACUUCUGCGCAUGCGUAUGCGGCGCAAUGCACACGCGCGACGUACUUUCACAACGGCCGAUGUAGUUUCACACAAGGUCUACCGAAGCUUUUCAGUCGUACUGGUGGCUGCAGAGUGAUUGACAGGAAGUGGGGGCGUUUCUGGGUGUCAACUGACCGUUUUCAGGGAGUGUUAGGAAAAACGCAGGCGUGGCAGGAAAAACGCAGGCGUGGCUGGGCGAACGCAGGGCGUGUUCGUGACGUCAAAACAGGAACUGAACAGUCUGAAGUGAUCGCAAGCGCUGAGUAGGUUUGAAGCUACUCUGAAACUGCACAAAAAAAUUUUGUGGCUGCUCUGCGAUCCUUUUGUUUGCACUUUUGCUAAGCUAAAAUACACUCCCAGUGGGAGGCGGCUUGGCGUUUGCACGGCUGCUAAAAACAGCUAUCGAGUGAUCAACUCGGAAUGACCCCCUUUGUUGGGGAAGGGGCACCAACUGCAGUGUGUGUAAUGAUAGGGGUACUUUUGAAUGUUAUUUAUUAUAUACUAGGGGGUAAAUUUACUAAGAUGGGAGUCCUAUUUAAGAUGGGAUGUUGCCCGUAGCAACCAAUCCGAUUCCAGGUAUUAUAUUCUAGAAGGUGCUAGGUAAAUGAAAGGUAGAAUCUGAUUGGUUGCUGUGGGUAACAUCCCAUCUUAAAUAGAACUCCCAUCUUAGUAAAUGUACCCCUAGGUGUGUUGGUACAAAUUAUCCAGAAAAUGGCACAGAAAAAUCUGGAUAUUCUGGGCUUGAUUCAGCGGUGGACUAUGCUGCGCCCGCUGUAACACCGGCUGUCUGAGUAAUGCCAGUGUCGGCCUUCCCCUUGUGUACGAGCGCGAGAUGCUUGGCGUGAGUGAGACGCCAGGUCCCUUGCAACUCUGCUAACGUUGGGCGUCUUUUUGUGCUUAAAAUGCAGCUUAGUCGCAGCGCAAUGCGACCAGGACGCACGAGGAGACUGUGCUGAGUAAUGUGAUAUAUGAUACUUGGGGUAUGGGUCAUAGGGUCGACAGUCAUUAGGUCGACCACUAUUGGUCGACAGUGACUAGGUCGACACCGGAAAUAGGUCGACACAGUCAUUAGGCCGACAUGAACAAGACCGACAUGGAAAAGGUUGACAUGAGGUUUUUUUUUCUGUUUUUGGUGUCGUUUUCAUCGUAAAGUGACGGGGAACCCCAAUUGGUGCAUCGUGUCCCUUCGCAUAGCUCGCUUCACUCGCCAUGCUUUGGUGCAAGGUGCCUCCCUCUGCUACCGCUGCGCUAGACACAGGUUACCGUUCCCAAUUGUAGUUCAUGUGGAUCAUAAAGUUUGAAAAAGUUCAAAAAAAGAAAAAAAAAUGUGAAAAACACGUCGACCUAAUACAUGUUGACCAAUAGUGGUCGACCUGAUGACCGUAUCCCGACACUUGUAUAUUGUGUGUGACUGAGUCUCUAUACGGAGCAGAACAGAACAGAACUUGCAUUGGAAAUUAGCUGUGGCUGCUGCAUUGUAGCACGUCGUGUACAGACUCAGAGACUCAGUCGCGCACAGAUACACAAGUGUCAUUCACAUGUAUCAGUCUCCUCGUGCGUCAUAGUCACAAUGAGCUGCGAGUGCGACUAGGACACCUUUUAGCCAAAAAAAAGAAGCAAAGAAGACGACCGGCGCUAGAAGAUUCUCACGCAACCUGGCGCAUGAAGAGGGGCUGAUUGGCGCAACUACAGCAAAAAUGUAUGGGACACAGCUUUAUUUUACUGUAUGACUGCCUGAUGUGGUUAUACUUUAAUAGUACACGCGCCCAUUGCUGGAAUAGCUCCUCCUUCCACCUCCUCGAUACGGUAACUCUAGUGGGUGCGGAGAACGGGAGUGGUGAAUUUUUUUCCUCAUCGCAAGAGAUUUUCUAUGAAACAGUUCCCGAGCAGCCUUACAUUUGCUGGAUGCCAAAGAUACAGACCUGUUUAAGUAACAAAGAUAUACAGUAAAGUGUGGCCGGUCUCCAUUCUGGGUGCCCCAGUCACCCCAUAGAUCAAACACUCUUAGGGGGAGAUUCAAAUGUUUGAAAAGUCAGUUGGGAGUCUAUCUAAUAGACAGGAAAAAACAGACACCCAACCGACUUUUCAAACAUUUGAAUUUCCCCCACAAUGUAUUAUUCUCCAGCCAUUGCUGCUGAGAGAUGUAGAGAAUUUUUAUUAAAUACAUUUUAAAGUGUCUAUUAAAUAGUAUUUAAUAUAUAUAUAAGGUACAUUGUAAUAUUAACAUGUAUCAGCAGUUUAGUUUUAAUUUUUCUUUCUAAACCUGUGCUGUGAAUCCUACGGGUAAGACGUAAAUAAGUCUGGUAAUAGAACCUUAUUCUUAUAUAUAUUUAUCACUGGGGCUGCUGGAUGAAAUGUACAGAUGGAGCCUCGGUCAUCUAGGCUUCUCUGCUACGCCAUGGAGCACCAAGGCUUAUUAGCAUAAUCCUUUCGUUUAUUGUUCUCAACUGCAAUACAAUACAGAGAGAACAAUACAGCAGGGGAUUAAGUCAUUACGGCAGGGGAUUAAGGGGGUCAUUCCGAGUUGAUCGCUCGUUGCCGAUUAUCGCAGCGCAGCGAUCAGGUAAAAAAACUGCAAAACUGGGCAUGUGUAUGCACCGCAAUGCACAGGCACGUCGUACGGGUACAAAGAGGAUCGGUGCUGGGCGAUGGAUUUAGCAAAGAUUACAUUCGCACAGCCGAACGCAAGGUGGCAACUGACCGUUUUCUGGGAGUGUUUGGUAAAAUGCAGGCGUGUCCAGGUAUUUCCAGGGUGGGUGUCUGACAUCAGUUCCGGGACCAAAAAGACUGAAGUGACUGCAAGGGCUGAGUAAGUCCAGAGCUACUCAGAAACUGCACAAAAUGUUUUUGCUGCGCUCGGCUGCACAGGCGUUCGCACACUUGCAAAGCAAAAAUACAAUCCUCCAUGGGCAGCGACUAUGCGUUUGCACAGCUGCUAAAAGUAGCUAGCGAGCGAUCAACUCAGAAUGACCCCCUAAGUCCAACACCACUGGCUCCAUCUGUAAAUACCAUUAUUAGGUCUCAGUGGAUGGAGGGGGGGGGGGGAGCGGGCAGUGGGAGCAAACCAAACUAGCUGAUAUUUGAUUUUAGGUAACCAAAGCAUCUCCCAAACACAGGAGUACCAACAUUUUAUUUCUGUAGUAUGUAUUGCUGUACGUGCCUGCUGGAUACGCUUUUAAAAAGGAAUUUCCAUGUUAAAUAUAUUUAUGCUUAAUCUCCUUAAAUCCAAACAAGUGAAGGUUUGAUAUAUUUAGUAGCAGUAUGUAAGUGUUGACUUCUGCCGGUCACCUUCAGCGACGCUUGGAACUCGCCGCGGCAGCAGAUCUGACGAAGUGUCUCUUGGGUUCUAAUUACAGACGUUACGGAAAAAGCUAAGCAGGGCCAAAGGUUAACCGUCGAGGUCCUGGCUUAUUAUAACGACUGAUGGACCCCUGACCAAAAAACAUUUAUAGCGAAGGGAGGGGAUUGAGCAAAAUUCAUGUUUACAUUUGAAAAUCCCUUUAAAUUGAAUUGGUAUAAAUAGUGCAAUCAUGCUGUAACCACUAGCAACCAGUCUAAUAGUUUUCUUUAUUGGUGUAAAUUGCACUUGUCUGAUACAAAGCUGUUAGUGAAUUGGUUGCGAUGAGAGACAGUGACUAUGUGAUAUUUGUUGUUAUUAAAAACGCUUUUGGUAUUUCAUUUGUAUACAUGCCCCUUGUGAAGCGGGUACUAUAACUGGUAUAUAAAUCUUGAUUGUGUAUCUGAGCAAGAUCAAUAGAGUGAUAUAGAAACUAUCCCUGGGCGGCUUAAUGUAAAUGCGCAGAGCGCACCACUGGCUGGCUGUCCAGAAAGGGACAAAACACUUUUCAUAAAUUGGCAAAUAAAGGGAAUAAAAAUAAAAAUCCUGAAAGCGAAUUAAUAAGAAAAGUUUACAAGUUGCAUUUCACCAAAACGUUAAACGAUAUCUCCAAAAAUUGAAUGUAUAUCGGAUUAUUCUGUUUUAUUGGUAGACGAUAAAUGAAACAAAAUUUGCACUGGAGACGAAUGCGAUCAAGAGAUACUUUUCUAGAAACCCGAGGUCUGAAGCAAGCGAAACGCGUUAGCCGGAUCCUCUUGUUAUUUAUCGGAGCAAUGUGCCUGCACUGUGCACAGUAUGUUGUGCGCUGAAUUACACAGGACGUGUAGGUACAUAAGCUCGUCUUAAGGGAAAACUGCACUUGUUGUUUUUUUGGUUUUUUUUAGCAUAGGGGUUAAAUGAGCAUAUAGCAAUAGAGAACUGAAGGGUGUAUAUCCCCUGCCCUAUCUGUCGGCAUCUUCUGUAUACACCCUUUUAUUAGAGUUUAUAUUGCUGGUCCUGAUGCUCCCGCCAUAUUUGGUGGAUCUGUUGUGCUUCUGGAUGAGCAUGGCGGAUCCUAAUACAGCAGUAUGAAAAUGCGUCAGUGUCAGUAUAGCCGACCGUCUGGAAGAUGGGCAGAGCGUCUGUUCGGAUGAAGCAAGUGAUAUACAUAUGUGUCCUUGUACAUCCAGUGAGCCGCCAGGGCCCGUGCAGCUCUGCUAGCGUCAGGCAUCUUUUUUGCUGAAAAGUGCGUCUUUGUCGCAGCGCAAUGCAGCUAGAACGCACGAGUAGACUGCGCUGAUUAAUGUGAUAUGACACCUGUAUACUGUGUGUGUGUGACUGAGUCUGUAUAUGGAGCAGAACAGAACUUGUAUUGGAAUAAAGCUGCAGCAGCUACAUUGUAGCACGUUGUGUACAGAUUCAGAGACUCUGUCGCACACAGAUAUAAAGUGUCAUAUAUUAUCACAGUUUCCCAGUGCGUCCUAGUCAACUAAGACGCAUCUUUGGCAAAAAAUAAUACGCCAAAUGUAAUAAGAUUCUCGCGUGACCUGGCGUGCCAAGAGGAGCUGUUGCCAUGACUGGCGCAAAAAUGUUUGAGUACAUUUCUGUAUAUGCAUUAUAGACAUUUUAUAAUAGGAUUCCAGAUAGGAUAGGGGGUUAUAUUGGUAAGUGCAAGUGAUGUAGUCGAUGAUGUCACUACUAUUCUGAUGCUUAUUCUCACUGAAGCCAGUUAUUGUUGAGUGUAGGGGUAAUGUCAGGUGGCUGCGAUUUAACGGCAUGUACGGUAGUAACCCAAAUGUCAGGAUAUAGCUGCUGGGGGAUCAAGAUAUGAGAUGUAAUGUCGCAGAAUAGGCUGCACCUGAUUGGAUAGGUUCUCUCGUCAUCCAAUCAGGUUCUGACUGAACUGUAGCUCCUCCUACCUAGGGUACCUCUUUGAUACUCUCAUCAUCAGGACUCUCCCAUUGUGGGGAGACUCUAACUCUGGAGAUAGCAGUGGGGGCCUGAGUUGGGGAGGGCCACGGACGGCGGGGCUUGUGAUUGGGUGGAGUUCUCCUUCAUCUGCACUUAAAUAUAAACCACAUGUAAUGAAUGGGAGUGUCAGUAAGAACUGGAAGUUCUCAGACAAAAGAUGCAAGGAAGGCACAAUUGCGUCCAAUCAGGCCCUAUGAGGAGGGAUCCCUCCCCCCUCAACAGACCCCACCCCCUCAUCAGACUGCACCCUCAGGGCUGCUUCCAUAAAUUUCCCUGGCUGGUUUUCCAUCCCAAUCUGCCUCUGGAAGUCUUUAUAUAUUGCGCAAAUAAAAUCUAUAUAUAUUUUGCUAGGAAGUCUCUAUUUUCCCACCUGGCUUACUAAGCGAAUGCUGUCAGGUUGCUCCUGGUUUCCGAGCUUUAAUUUGCAAAAAACAUUUAGUAUAUUUUGAGCAACAAAGGGAGGUGAGGACGGGUGCGAUGUCUUAAUUAGGAGCAUUGUGAUGUUAGUUGUGUAUUGCAUUGUGGUUUUGGUUCUUGAUUUAUUUGCGCUCACCUGUGGCGUAGCCCUUCUGCCAGUGGCCUACCGGCCUGCACACAAAGCCUGGCAGCGUCGUGACUGGGGAGGAUGAGGGGACGCCCAGGAGGCGACUGAUGAAGGUUUCAAAAUAAGAAUAAUAGUCUGCGCACCAUGAAAGGCCCUGUAUCCUACUCCAGGACAGUAUGCGUCAUCAGUGACUAGAACAGCCAAACUUUCACAAUCAUAUAAGCAGAUUAGUUACCCAAAGUAUGGCAAGUAUGUCGCCCGAUGCAAUGAACGACGUCACAUCUCAGCACAAAAUACUCCAGAUGCCACUAAUUCUAAUAAUGUCUCAACAAGGAUACAGGGUGGCUGACUGGGCGGGUGUGGCUUUGCCGGAGUGAGGGCCUGGUUUGGGUGGACUGAAGCCAGGGUUUGGGUAAAGUUCAUUUAAUCUUAAAUGUUGGCGCAAACGUAAUUGUUGUACAUGAUUUCCUGGGUGCACGCGAGCCAGGGAAUAAUGUAGGAAGACGUUGGGAUAAUAUGAUUAGUAAAUUUCCGCCAGGCCGUGUCACAAUUAGACUGGGCUGUAUUUAAGAAAAAAAAAAACUCAACAAUUUUUCCAACUACGUAGAUUUGUUUUUUUUGUUUUCUUAAGCAUAAUGUUUAAAACGUUUUGGCUUCUGAAGGAACAAGCAACUUUUAUUAUCCCAAGGCUCCUAUACCGUACCUGCGUUAUCUUAUGACAGUUUUGUAUGUUUAAUCGUCAUGUUAGUACAUGUGACUCUACAUCCUCGUCUGUGUUUGUUUUGCAGCUUUACUCUGCGCUCUUGAAACAAAAUGUUUGCAUUACAUUAUAUAAAAUACCUUGUCACUUUUUGGCGCCAUGUUCUUUAUGUGUUAUUUAUUAAAUGACCUAUAUCACCGCUGGA